CAUACAGUCCUUGUCCCAGCAGUCAGUUUCGAGUGCUCGGGCGAAUUGCAGUUUUGCUCGGUAGUUAGUGACGGUAGCAUAGCUCGGUCUAUCCUCUAGAAUGGCAUCCUUCGUCGCGUCUGGGAGUUGUGAAACGGGUAGGGAGGAUGGGGACGAUGGAAAUCGCAAGACGAGUGGGAUUGGCGAGGCGAGUGGGGAGGAGAGUUCGGUAGCACGAGUUGCGGACGCGCCGGGAGGGGAGGGAAUAGAGGAGAGAACGGAGGAGGAACGAGAGAGAGAGCAGGAGACAGCGUACAGCGCUCUGCAGCAGCUGGUUACCACGGUUUCGUCCGCUUCGCCCUCCCUCGCAGCCUGGCUGAGCAGAAUCCAAACCGCUAUGCUGGACUCAGAUUCGGCCUUUGUUGGCCCGUCAAAUUCCUCUGCGGACGCCUUCAAUUCCCCUUUCCCGCCUGGCGUCGCUCCUGCUACCGCUAAUGACGCUGUUGCGUCUGACGCUGCUGGUGCUGGCGCUGCUUCUGACACUGGCGCUGCUUCUGACACUGGCGCUGCUGCUGCUGCUGCUGCUGCUGCUGCUGCUGCUGCUGCUGACGCUGCUGCUGCUUCUGGCGCUGCUCCAGGCCCUGCUGCUGCCUCUUCCCUUUCAUCCACAUCAGCAGCAGCAUCCUUCCAGCCCUUUUCUGCUGCCUCUAUUUCAACGGAGCUCCGCGAUUGGCUGGAAUCCUCGGGAUUUGGCUCCACAGAUCUCUUAGGCUCGUUGACCCGCACCCUGGAUUCCGAACCUGCAGCGGAGGCUCGGUCGUCCCUGGCCCUGCUGGCGUCCAAUCUGGUCCACUCGCUGCAGCUCCGGCGGCUACAGGACGCCUUUGCCAGGCAGCCGGACAUGUCGUGUGGCGAGGCUGUAUGGGUGCUUGGAGUGAGAUACGCGGAGUGGGAGGAUGAGGAGGUGCGGAGGGAGGAGGCGAGGGAGGGGGGGUUGGAGCCGAGGUGGGAGGGGGAGAAGGUUCAGGGAGAGGGAGCAGGGGCAAGCGAGGUUGCAGAGAAAGAAGCAGCCGCACUAGGCAGGCUGGAGCAAUCGCAAGGGUGGGAGCAAGGGAGGGAGAUAGGGCGGGGAAGAGCAGAGGAGCGAGAGGGGAGGAAAGACGAUGACCACGAGCGGGACAAUGGUGAAGGGAGAGAGAGAAGGGAGGCGCAAGAGGAGCAAGAAGGGGUCGGGAAGAGCAGGGAGGUGGGGAGCAGAGGGAAAAGCAACGGAGAUGCGAGCAGAGGGGAAAGCAACGGAGAUGCGAGCAGAGGGGAAAGCAACGGAGAUGCGAGCAGAGGGAAAAGCAACGGAGAUGCGAGCAGAGGGGAAAGCAACGGAGAUGCGAGCAGAGGGGGGGAUCGGAGUGGGGGCUCGUCGGAGGAUCUGCUGGCGGACGUGCAGUCAAGGAUAUGGAUGACUUACCGCUGGGGGUUCCCUCCGCUGCCCUGCGGUGGCGCCUUCACCACUGACACCGGAUGGGGCUGCAUGUUCCGCACGGGGCAGAUGAUGCUGGCGCAGGCUUUGCUCUGCCACCGGUUGGGCCGCCAGUGGAGGCGACAUGUGGGGAGGGAGGAGGAGGCAUACUACGAGGUCCUUCGCCUCUUUGCCGACUCGCCCUCCCCUCUCUCCCCCUUCUCUCUGCACCACCUGGUUCGAGCCGGCGCUAGGCUCGGUGUCAAGGCUGGGGCGUGGCUCGGGCCGUACCGGCUGUGUGUGACGCUCGGGAGUUUGGUUCGGGAGAUGGAGGAGGGGGGAGGGGAGGAAGGGGUGGAGAGAAGGGGGGGGGGAAGAGGUGAUUGUGAGGUGUGCGCGGGAGGGCGGACAGAUGUGGAGGGGAGAGGGGGAGGAGGGAGUGGGGUGAACGGAGUUAGGGAGCAGGAAAGAAGUAGGGAAAGGAGGAAUAAGGAGUGUGAGGGCGAGAUGGAGGAUCGAGAGAAAGGGAAUGGUGGGAUGAGAAGAGAAGAAGGAAGUAAGUGUCAUAUUUCUGCAGGUGCGAGGGAGGAAGGCUCAGAAGACCUAUCACGAGACAAAACUCCUACAUCAGCAUGCAAGGACCAGGCAGCAUGGGGCAAUGAUGAUCUGCCAUGGGGCAAUGAUGAUCUGCCAUGUGGCAAGGAGGGACCCCUAUGGGGCAUGCGGGUGCAUGUGGUGGGGGCGCAUCCCGAGGGCGAGGGAGGGGGGGGCGCGCCCAUGCUGUCAGGAGGGGCGGAGGGGGGGGAGACGGGAGGGGAGAGGGGAGGGGAGGCAAGCCAAUGGCGGUCGGUGCUCAUUCUGGUGCCUCUGGUUCUCGGCAUCGACCACAUGGACGCGCGCUACUUGGAGUCGCUGCGCCGCACCUUCGCCUUCCCCCAGAGUGUGGGCAUCGCGGGAGGCAAGCCCAACACGUCGCUCUACUUCAUUGGCACGCACCGCAGCGACGUGCUCUUCCUUGACCCGCACUACCCGCAGCAGGCUGUUGAUUUUCCCGAAGGGCCAAUCAGCGCAUGCCACGUGGACACAUCGUCCUACCACUGCAACACCAUCCGCCACAUGCCACUGUCAGCAAUUGACUCCUCCCUUGCUCUUGGCUUCUACUGUGCCACCCAAGCUGAUUUCGAUGAUCUGUGUGAUCGCAUGCGGCAGCUAGCCCAGCUGUCCAACGGUGCACCGCUCCUCACGGUGGGGAACAAGGCUGACUUGGCGACCUAUGUGGUGAAGGAGGUGCCCGAGAUGGACACCUCCUCGUUGGGCGAUUCCUUGGAAGAUACUUCGGAUAUUGAGGACAAUUGGGAGCUUGUGUAACAGUUUUGUGCCACUUUUCAGUGUACAUAGGCAGUGAAGUGUAUUCUUUUGGCUUUAGUAUACAUGCGAUUUGUAACUGGUGUGUAUAUUUUGUACAGGCCUGGCUUAUAUUGAGUGU